AUGGCGUCAGUCGCUGAUUUAGUUACAAGCCUUCCAAGAGCUGCAGAGUUUAAUGAUUUUGGGACAAUCAAAGAGAAAAUUCUGAGCAUAAGUCCGCAGAUGUUUGAUAGCAAAUUGAAUGAGACGCAGAACAUAAUAAACAAUAUACAAAGCCUUGUUGAUAUUCUAAUUAAUGAGUGUCCUGAUACUGUCUCGGAUAAUAUUGAAUUUAUGAUAUCAUUUAAACUCAAUAUCCUUGAGUUUAAAGAAUAUAUCAAUACCUUCCGCCAAAACUAUAAUAAAUUAUCUUCUGACUUUGGAUAUUACAUGGAAAGUGAAUUAUUGUUAAGUCAAGAGAAACUAAUUAACGAGAAUUGCCAAAGUGAAAAAGACUCGCGAUUCUAUAGAUAUAGCAGACCAUCAGAAAGGUUUCCAUGGAAUUUCAAGCUGGAUUUAGAAAACUUGGUUUAUCCUUCGGAAAUCUUUCAAAAGAUUAAACGCGAUUUGAUUAUGGGAGUAAAUGCUUUACGUCGUAACGAGAAUAUAUAUGAAAUCAAAGUAGUUACAAACAAGUUUGGAUAUCUCACUAUCAGUAAUUGA